AUUCUUCACAUUCUGUUCUUCGCCCAAGUCACACUGUUAAUCUUUCCAUCCACUUUGUCUACCGACAAGGGUAAAUGGGAAAAAACCCUAGUUACCGAAUCAGUGUGUCUGUAGUUAAAGAAAAAAAAAAGAACUUUGUACAGGUCUAUUCUUUUCUUAGUUCAUUUAUGUCGUGAAUUAUUUGUGUAUGGUUCAUUUCGUUGGGUCCUAGGUUUUUCUACUGAGCGUUGUUAUUCUGCAUUUAUGGGCUAUAAGGCGUGUCCCAUUUUUUUCACUAAACAUCUUAUACAUUGAGAAAUCAUUUUCUGGAUCAUUUUUCUAGUGUAUGGUAGAGUAUGGAAGCAGGUGAUAUCAUGUAACAUUCAGUAUGUACGGUGUUAAGAUGAUGCUUUGGUGAUAUUUUUGAGUAUUAAAGGAUAACAAAAAUAUCUAAUUCUUGAUUGAAGCAAAAAAUAUGAGGUAAGAAUUGGGAUAUUUGCAAGCGAAGAAGCCAUUUCGCCCCUUUUGGUGGGAAGUUAUCUCCUUCAAGAUAGCAUAUUCCACAAUUCAAGCUAACCGACUACGGUAAAAAAUGAUUUCAUCAAGGAAAACAAUUUGUCAUGCCAAACAUACGUAUAUGAGAACUAGAAUGUGUAGGUCUUAAGGGUUAUGCUUCUUUGAUGUGCACCUUACUUCCAUACCUUCUCCACAGAGCAAACCCAUUAUUCCUCUUGAUUUAGGCUACAUGGCAGAUAGUUGAGGUGGGCACAAGUUGGAUUGGGCACCACCGUCAUAAAGAAUAUCACUCGUUUUCUUUCUCGGGAAAAUUAAAUUAUUGUUUGACUGCUAUUGGUUGACUAGGGGUUACUUAAAGGCAUGUUAGUCUUAUGUCGGUUGAGAGAAAAUGAAAUCAUUUGCAAUAAAAUGGCAUUAUGCGACUUUUAAAUGGCUAUGGAUACAUUGCAUAUCUUUUGGGAUUAAUUUUCUCAGUUUUGUUAAAAAGAAAUCUGAGUACGAUACUAAUAAAAAAAUAAGGAAAGAAAGAAAAGAGAUCUGGGUAAGAUAAAUGCAUAAAUAUAUGACUGUGUUACCUCAUCGCAUUACACAGAUGCUUUGUUUAUGAUAGAUUUCAAGCACUUGGGACAAAAAUGAGCUAUGGAACAUAGGGAUGUAUAUGGGGAGUGGGAGAGGUCAGGGUGGCAUUUUGUAUUUAUGUAUAGUGGGAGGUUCUUGCUCACUUUCAGGAGAGCUUAUAAAGAUGAGGAGACCCAAAUAUUAAUUUCAAAUAACUUAUAGCUUUUGGAGCAUCUUGAUGCAUAUGAGCAAUGGAGCUUGUGGAGCACCGCUCAACUCGAGGAUUGCUCUCUUGGUUUGCUUCAAAGUUUUCUACUUGAAUCUGUUACUGUCGAAUCAAACAAAUACAUAAUGAUCAAAAUGUAUAUCCAAUUUAUUUAUCUAACUAUUGUUCGACAAUGUUAAUUGGAAGUUCUUGCACUGUUUAUAAGUUACACUGACAUGCAGCAUUGCAGUGAAUAAUACCUACAUAGUUCAGAAUGAGUGGCCGUUUUUCUCGCACAAUCUAUGUUGGCAACCUUCCCGCAGAUAUAAAAGAAUGGGAAGUUGAAGAUCUAUUCUACAAGUAUGGGCGUAUACUGGAUGUUGAGUUGAAGAUUCCCCCGCGUCCUCCUUGCUAUUGCUUUGUAGAGUUUGAAAAUGCUCGUGAUGCUGAAGAUGCUAUCAGGGGUAGAGACGGCUACAACUUUGAUGGCUGUCGUCUGCGGGUUGAGCUUGCUCAUGGUGGUAGAGGGCCGCCAUCUUCAAGUGAUCGUCGUGGUGGCUAUGGCCGCAGUGAUGGUGGAGGGCGUCAUGGCAUUUCUCGCCAUUCUGAGUAUCGAGUUAUUGUUCGUGGCCUCCCAUCUUCUGCUUCCUGGCAAGAUUUGAAGGAUCAUAUGCGAAAGGCUGGCGAUGUUUGCUUUUCUGAAGUUUCCCGUGACAGUGAAGGAACCUUUGGCCUGGUUGACUAUACACACUAUGAUGACAUGAAAUAUGCUAUUCGCAAACUUGAUGAUACAGAGUUCAAAAAUCCUUGGACACGAACCUAUAUCCGGGUAAGAGAACACAAGCGAAGUCCAUCCAGAAGCCGCAGCAGGAGCAGGAGCAGAAGUCCGAGGGGGAGCAGAAGCAGAAGCAGAAGCAGAAGCAGAAUUCCGAAGAGGAGGAGCAAAUCAGCUGGAAGAUCUGUUUUGAGAUCACCGCCGGCGAAGUCUAGAUCUGCAUCUCCUGUGAAGUCGACUAGACCCAGGUCCAGGUCCAAGUCCAAGUCCAAGUCCAGAUUAAGGUCGGCGUCCCCUCGUCAGACCAUCGUGGAUGGAUAUUUGAAUCGUCGCUUCUGCUCAUGCCUUAAUCAUUCUGAUGUUAGCUAACUUGAUUGCUUUCAGGCACGAUCAAACAGUG